GAAUAUUGUAUGCCUGCAUAAAUACUGUCAGCCAUUGCCUUAGCAAAUCGAGCUUUCUAUAUUUAUCGAAAGCGGCAAGUAUUUCGUGGGCGAGUUCUAUUUCAGUGGCGCAUCUCUAAUUCUGAUGGCUUGCAUCCCUGUUGUAAACUAAACAUAAUUGUUGAUAUUAUUGCAUUGCCUCAAUUUCUGUAAAAUGGAAGAGAAUGAGAGCACGUCGGAAGCCCAGAAUAACGUUGCAAACGGAGAUGAUGACGCGACAUACCAGCAUAAGUUGGAACUGCUCCAAACCGAGAUGCGUAAAAUGCAAAACGAGUUUAAUACGCAGCGUGCUAAAAUGAAGGAGUUGUACAUGCAGAAGGAGGCCGAGCGAAAGCAGCUGCAAGACGAAUUGAAUGAGUUGAAGACCCACGUUAUGGUAGCUGACCUAAAAUCCGAGAAUGAAAUGCAGUUGAAGGAUAUAAAGGCUCAAGAGGAGAUAUCGUCACUGCAGCAGCUGGUGCAGGACACGAUUGAGGAAUCGGCCAUAUAUAAAGCAGAAUUGGAACGUAUUAAAGUGGAACAGCUACGGCAGCAACAACUGCAACUUCAGCAGAUGCAGCAAAUAACCACGGUAGAGCCAUCCGGCGGUCUAGCGCCGCAUGUUCUUAAUCAGGUGAAGAAGACACUCGGAUCUGUGCGAAAGCUAGGCAGCGAUUCCUUGAAUAAUAGCUUUCAACAGGAGACUGCCGACAGCAACACGCGUGGAACGAGCAAGACAAAUGCCAAGCAAUAUGCUUCUGAAGAUGCGGAAAUGAUGCACUCUAUAGUUGAGCAAUUGCAGGAAGAGAUGAAAGCGCUAAAGGAAAAGUUGCGCGAAACAGACGAUCAGCUACAGGCCAAAACUAGCACAUCGCAGCGCAAGGAAGAAACUACAGAAUCUGUCAUAGAUGGCGCAAAUGCCAUGCACAAGUCCACAUCAACAGAUUUGGUAGAGCCCAGUUCAGCUUGUAAUAGCUGUGAUUCAACAGAACAGCGCUCUGAUGACUUAACAGCGCAGAUGAAACAGCAGCAAAAGCAGCUGGAAAUACUGCAAAAGCAAAUUACUGAGUCGCGGGAACAGUUGAGCAAAGAAGCUGCGCUGCGUAAUGACUUGGAGAAUCAGUGGCAGACGAAGCGCGAGGCACAUAAGACCGAAGUACAAAACCUUCGUGAGCAAGUUAAGAACAACGAGCAACAACUUUUGGACAUGCAGCAAAAGUUUCUCGAGACCAAGGAGGAGGUGAUGCGAAAUCUACAACGUGUCACCGACGAUCGUGAAAGAGUUAAUCAGCAGCUCGAAACGUUGCAGGCUGACAAUGAUUUUCUAUCCGGUCGAUUUCUGGCGACGUCAGAAGAAAUUGAAAAUCAAUACAUAAAUCUCCCAAACACUGUGGUCGAGUUGCAGGAACUUAUGCUGCGGCAACAGAGCGAACUGAUACAGGCGCGGGUUAGCAGCGAAUACGAGAAACAGAAAUGUGUCAGCUCGCUGGAUGAGAUACAUUUACUGCGCGCCCAGCUCGAAGAGAGCAACAAUGAGCGGCGCGCGUACAAGCGCAAAGUGCAAUUAGAUAUUAAGUCGCUACAAGAUCGCAUUACGGAGCAGCUGGUCGCGGAGCAGUCACACGAGUCAUCAAAAACACUUUUGGAACGCAAAGAGGCUGAGCUGAACAAGCAGCUGUCCGAAUGCCGCGUGGAGAUUAUAGAACUACAGGAAGCGAACGAGAAACUGGGAAAAAACAAUGUAGACUAUAAGGCUAAAAUUAAGACGCUUCAGGAGGAGUUGUCCACAAUGGAAACGGUGCAAAAAGAUUUUGUCAAACUGUCACAAAAAUUGCAGAUGACCUUGGAGGAGCUGCGGCACGCAGACACCGAGGUGCGCUGGCAGGACGACGAUGACGUUAACAACUGUCCCACAUGUAACGCCGGCUUCACGGUGAUGGUGCGCAAAAUACAUUGCCGCCAUUGUGGACACAUCUACUGCGAUAAAUGUCUAACAAAAACGGUGCCAUCGGGACCACGGAAGCGUGUCGCCCGCGUCUGUGAUAUCUGUCACACGUUGCUCACGCCACACACCGCUCCCUACUUUAGUCACGAGCCGCAACAGACUAAUUAACUAGUCGAUUCUUCGUUGG